AUGACUACCAGACUUCAGUGUCGAUCCCAAUCUACGAAGGCGAGAGAGCUAGAUCCAAAGACAACAACCUCCUCGUACAUUGUCUGCUUCGACAUUGACGCAAACGGUAUCCUUAACGUCUCUGCCGAGGAAAAAACCACUGGCAGCCAGAACAAGAUCACAAUCACUAACAACAAUGGUCGUUUGUCUAAAGACCAGAUUGAGAAGAUGGUUGGAGAUGCUGAGAGGUACAAGUACGAAGACGAGGAGUACAAGAAGAAGGCUGACGCCAGGAAAGCUCUCGAGGACUAUGUUUAUAACAUGAGGAACAUAAUCCGGGACGCGAUCGGACCUAACCUUUCCGCUGCGGAGAAGAAGAAGUUUGAGGACGCGAUUGUGGAGGCGUUUCAGUGGCUUGAAGGUAACAAAUUUGGUGAAGUACACGAGUUUGAAGACAAAAUGAUGGAUUUGGAGAGUAUUUGUAAGCCGAUCAUCACUAAGAUGUAUCAAUGA